GUAACUUCAGGCCAGCCUUUCUGCAUACACUCUGAGCCGGAGGCGAGAAUGAGUCGGUGCCAGUCUGGUCCGGGGGCGGGGGGCAUGCUAUGAGUCCCAACAGCACACGCUGACAAACAAACACACACACACUCACUCAGCUCACCCUCGUUGUAUUCAAUCUGAGCUGUAAAUCAAGCCAGUCUCUGGUUUCCAUCGUCCUGUCUGUCUGUGUGUGUCCGUUCAGGUCUUCAGAUACCGCACGGAGAUUCGCUCCCCUGUCCCUGCCGCCCGGGGGAGGGGGGAGUAGUGUCAUGUUGCCCAAAGCUGGGGCACAGUCCGUUGGUAUUGCUCACUCGCAUGGGGAUCGGAUGGCGGAGAGAGUGCACGUCGCCUAUUCGCUGACGCCGAGCACCUAAAUCAGCCUGAGAACCACACAGCUUGUCGGAAUGUGAGUUUCUGGGCAGCGACCUGACAUUGAUGAGCUUUGGGAGUGAACAAAACAAAACGACCCAGCAGAUUUUAAGCCGUCAGUUCCACAAGCCAGCCAGUUUACAACGAUGGAGUAUGCCUACGAUGAGGAUCUGGAUGAGCUAUGCCCUGUUUGCGGUGACAAAGUCUCGGGUUAUCACUACGGCCUGCUAACCUGUGAGAGCUGUAAGGGUUUCUUCAAACGCACAGUUCAGAAUAAUAAAAGGUACACGUGUAUAGAAAACCAGAGCUGUCCCAUCGACAAAAUGCAGAGGAAAAGGUGCCCCUACUGCCGUUUUCAGAAAUGCCUAAACGUCGGCAUGAAGUUGGAAGCUGUAAGAGCUGAUCGCAUGCGUGGAGGUCGAAACAAGUUUGGGCCAAUGUACAAGAGGGACAGGGCUUUGAAACAGCAGAAGAAAGCUCUGAUACGAGCAAAUGGACUUAAACUAGAAGCCAUGACUCAGGUGAUGCAGACAAUGCCAACAGACCUGACGAUAUCUUCUGCUAUCCAAAACAUCCAUUCAGCCUCCAAAGGCCUACCUCUAAACCAUCCUGCCUUGCCACCAACAGACUAUGACCGAAGCCCAUUUGUGACAUCUCCAAUUAGCAUGGCAAUGCCGACACAUGGCAGUCUGCAAGGCUAUCAGACCUAUAGUCCUUAUCCAAGUCGUACUAUCAAGUCAGAAUAUCCAGAUCCCUAUACUAGCUCCCCAGAAUCUCUAAUGGGCUACUCUUACAUGGACACCUACCCAACCAGCUCUCCAUCUAGUAUCCCACAUCUUAUAGUGGAACUCUUGAAGUGUGAACCAGAUGAACCCCAGGUGCAGGCCAAGAUCCUGGCCUACCUACAGCAAGAACAGGCCAGCAGGGGAAAACAUGAAAAGCUCAACACUUUUGGGCUUAUGUGUAAGAUGGCAGAUCAGACCCUAUUCUCCAUUGUUGAGUGGGCUCGCAGCAGCAUAUUCUUCAGAGAACUUAAGGUUGAUGACCAAAUGAAACUUCUUCAGAACUGCUGGAGUGAGCUCUUAAUUUUGGAUCACAUUUAUAGGCAAGUGGCACAUUGGAAAGAGGGUGCAAUCCUCCUUGUUACUGGGCAACAGGUGGAUUUUUCUGUAAUCGCCUCACAGGCAGGGAGCACUCUCAAUAAUCUCAUGAGUCACGCUCAGGAGCUUGUGCUGAAACUUCGCUCAUUGCAGCUUGAUCAGCGAGAGUUUGUGUGUCUCAAGUUCCUGGUGCUCUUCAGUCUAGAUGUAAAAAACUUGGAGAACUACCACCUUGUUGAAAGUGUUCAGGAACAAGUUAACGCUGCACUGCUAGACUAUACGAUGUGUAACUACCCUCAGCAAACAGAUAAGUUUGGACAGCUUCUCCUGCGAUUACCAGAAAUCCGGGCUAUUAGCAUGCAGGCCGAAGAAUACCUCUACUACAAGCACCUGAAUGGAGAUGUACCCUGCAACAAUCUUCUCAUUGAAAUGCUGCAUGCUAAGCGGGCCUAAAACUAGAUUCGGGGGGCCUUUGCAUCGAUGAGCAGAAAUUCUAAGCUGCAAUAAGCAGCGUCAUUUUUUUUCCUUAAAAAGAAAACAACAAAAACCUUUCAGUGCACUAGAUGGAAAGAGGACAACCUAAUGAGAUCUGUUCAUCAGGACACAAGUGAUGUAUCAGGGUGUUGCCAUGGAAUCUGCCAACUGUGAACCCAUCACACCUGUGCUACCCAACCCCCACCUCCCAAAGGAAACCUCUGUGAAGCCUUUUAAGGAAGCGCUUACCCAUGUGAAGUUCACUUUGUCAAACUCGAUAUCAAAUUAAUAUCACACCAUUGUUUCCGAUUUGUUCAGAUUGACCACUAAUUCUAGGAAAUUUAAGAAAAAGCAUGGGAGUUGUGCACUAAUGGCAAUACAGUUAGGGCUUCAAGUGCACUAAGAAACCCUUAAAUUUCAAAGCAUGUGGGAUACAAAGCAAAUGUGGUAACAGUAAUGAGCCGUCAUAACCUUCUCGAUUCUCCUCCUUCCCCAAAGCUAUUUCCCCAGUGAUCAUCAAUGUGGUACCUGAUAGGGGAUCUAAAGGCUUGCCUGUAGUUGGCUUCACUCUCCAUUUGCUCGUUCAAAUUACCAGACCCUAUCUAUGUGUGAGGCCUGCAAAGGUUGCAAGAAACCAUCUGUCAAGCAAUUAGUUUGACAACCAUCUUACCUACCCAUUUAGGUUCUUUUCGCCAAAGCGUACAUGCUAUUUGAAGUAGACCAAAGCCUGCUGCAGAACAAUAACGAGAGGGGAAUAAAACUAUAACUUAACUUGGAUUUAAAAAAAACUCAUUUCACAUUCACAAUUCUUAAUACUUAAUGUACUAGUAUUAAAUUUGUGAUGUCACAGUUAAGUGAGUCUUGCCUUAUUUCUGUGAAUCUGAAUACGCGGAAGAAUAUAAUUGAAGUAUUAAUACUGUAAAUUCAGCAAACAAAGGUGUUUACAUUUACUAGCUCCUGUGGGAAAGAACUGUAAUGACCUGAAUUGCAAAGCAAUGAUUUCCUUAAUUAUGUUUAAUCGGUAACUUUUUUACCAGUACUUAAUUAUGUCGUGAGACACUAAAAUCAAAAAAGGGAAUCUCACUAAGACUUUAAUUUGAACAGACAGAUCUUUGGCCACAUGAUCACUUAUUGAGAUUGUAUAAACAAUUAGUUCUUUUUCAGGACUGUUGGCUUUGUUAUUGGAAUAGUACCAUUUAUAUUGUACAUCAUGGUUUAAAGUGUAGACAAUUAUGUUACUAAUUUAUUUCUUCAUUGUUUCACCUUUUGUGUAAGAACGCAAGAAUAACAAAGCCAAAUAAAUGCAUUUGUUCACUGUAGCGCCUUUCGAAAAUCAGCAGCUACAGUCAGUUCAGGGACAAACAUAUAUCUUAAAAAGAAUCACACAGUUCAUUUAAAUAUAUAUUAUAUAUAUAUAGUACAAAUCUGAAAAUGUUAAAAAAAAAGGAUAAAUCUGCUGCAAAUGAUGUGAACUAUGGCUUCAUCUUUUAGCUGAAUGGAAAGAUUUAAAGUUGAAAUCUUGCAUUAAAUAAAUUGUCUUGUAAACUGUAUGUUCUAUACCAAAGACUGUAGUUAGCUUAUGUUUUCUGUAUUCCAUGGUCUCACUGCAGUGCAGAAUGUAAAACCGUGACACUUACUUCAAUGGACACAAGCACUGAACUAGCUUUGUCUGCCACAAAUUACAGAUAGGUGGGCUGCGUCUCCUUUCUGUACUUAGCUGCCUGCUUCAGGUUGUAGGAAACCCCAUUACUGAUGUCUUACAGAACAUUGUGAAGCUAAUUCUCUGUUUUGUUGUUUACAAUUAUUUUGGAAAGUAUUAUAUGGUGCAUUGCCCAGAAUUCAAUCAGAACAGUUCUACCUAGCAACUUCAAGGACAUUGCCUGGCCAACAACGGAUUCCUCUCACACUGCCCAACACAAGGGGUUAUAAGAAACAGCUGAAGUAAUUGUUUUGCCUGGCAAGUCCUGAUAGUAAAUAUAAACAGACACAGAUCACGAAAUAAUGUUAAGCUUUUACUGUUAUUAUUGUGCUCUUUUGUGUGAACAAACAUUCUGUCUUGUCAGUACUAUCUAUGUAUUGCUGAUGUUCUGCAGCUGCAAUGGAUUUCAGACCAUUCAGCUUCUAACUCAGUAAGCAGUUACUUGGUUCAUUACUCUACUCUAAGUGUACUAUAACAAGUGGAAUGACAGACUGUCAUGCAACUUCUUGCCAAGAGUUUCUUUACACUGAUGGAAUUUUUCAGUAUUUCAAUAAAUAAUGAUAUGCGUGGCAUAUCACUUGUUGAGUCCAAACCUUUGGCAUUGUUCAUAUAUGUGCACCACCUUUCACUGUAUUAAAGAAAAAGCAAAAUGAACAUUGAGUAGCAUUUGUCUACUGUCAAACGUAAAUUGCCAGUGAGGGAAAAAAAAGGGCUUCUCUCUCUACACGCACACCUCUUACUUAUCUGAGUACUUUGCCAGCUCCGAUGGAUAGGACAGAUGUCUGACAUCAGAUUCCCGAAAUGACUACUGAAUUCAUUCAUAGCAGGAGAUUCCUGGGAGCUCAGCAGAAAUGCUUUUUUGGAUGUCCUCAUAGUGUCUUAAAGGGAUCAAAUAUCUCCAUUGUCCGUGGCUGACCAAAAUGGAGAUGGUUUACUCCGAACGCCACCAAAAACAGAGACAGACCUUGUUAGGGGAAAGCAGAGGUGAAGGCGAGGAACCCGAGAGAACAUACUACUCUGCCAAACAACCUAGCCAUGCAAAUUUUCAAGCACCACCUGCCCCUCAUGACAAAGUCUACAGGUCACACUCUGGACUUACCAGCCAUUUCAGAAACUAUUGAACCAGAAUGGAAGCAAGUCAGCCUUGCUCCUGAGGAAAUGCCUAAGAAUAUUUUCAACUGGACUGUUGCUGUCAUCUUUAAUGCAUGAUUAGGACAGUAACGAAACAAUAUAUAAAAUCACAGCUGGAUUUUAUUCAAGUGCAGGUCUCUCUUAGCAUGUUAUUAUUGAGUUCUGUAACUGGUUUAUAAAUAGUACUUCUGGAAUGAGAGUUUUUUUCUACGCAAUCCUGAGACUGAUACACAAUCAUGCACCUACCUUCUUUUGUCACAGUUAACAGUUUCCCUUGUCAUGUAAAUAAAAGCUGGCAUCUGAUUCUCUCUGCAAAAGUGUUAAAUAUUUUCAUCCAUUUGUCAAUGAACUAACGGAGUUAUCUUUUGAAGUGAAACAUACCUUGGUUGAAAGUUCCAAUG